AUGUCAGGCUUCCAGAUCCCCGGCCUGGGGUUCGCGAAACCCAACGAGACCCUGCCGCCGGUGCCUGCCGAUGUUCUCGCUGCCGCCGCGAGCUUCGAGGGCGUCGAUCCCGAGAUCAUCGCCGCCGCCAACGGUACCUCGGAGCAGAUCCAAAACCAAAAUGAGGACGCCAGUAUGGGAGAGAACACGACCGAGUCGCAGCCCGCCCCUGCGCCUGCGCAAACAGCAGAGCCCGUCGCCGCACCACAGGAGGCCACCGACCCCGAUGCCAUGAACGUCGACGAUGCCGCUGAGCACCCUUCCCUGACAGACGCCCUCGAGGCCAUGAUCAGCGGUCUCGAUCACACUCCCCCAGCCCAACCAGUCGAAGUCUCCAAAGAGGCGCCCGCCACAGGAGCUCAAGAAGCCCCUGCGCCUGCGUCUGCGUCUGCACCUACGACCGCACCUGCACCCGCUGCGCAAGAGAUGAUUGACGCCCCCCAAAUGCUCGAAAGACCCCAAAUGAUCGAUGCCCCGACCUCCUCCAUCACAGCCCAAGACCAAGAAAACCCCGCCGCCGAAGGCGAAGGUGACCACCCCGAGUGGGAAGCCGACUCCUCGCCCUACGAGUCCUCCUCAGACUCUUCCAGCGACUCCGACUCGGACUCGGACGACGACUCGGACGCAGGCGGCUACCAGCUCCUCGGCGUAGAGGAGACGGCGCGCAUGCUUAUGGAAAUGGAAGGCGGCUCAGACGACGAAGGCGGAGGCGACGGCAAGAACGGCGGCGGCGCAGGGGCCGGUGCCUCGGGACACCUGCGGACCAAGAACGAGGUCGCCGACGUGACGGUCCCCGCCAAGCCCGACGUGACCCUCUCCGCGGACGACAAGAUUGAGGAGCUCGGGCUCGUGGAGCAGAUUGUCGAGAACAUCAUGGUAGUGAGGGCUUUCACCCCGGGCGAGUAUCAGGUCCUCGACACGGGGUCGGUGCUUUGCACCGAGGACCGGAAAGUGUUUGGCGUGGUGUGGGAGACGAUUGGGAAAGUGCUGCAGCCGCUGUAUACCGUUAUGCUCUCCACGGUCGAGGAGAUUGCCGAGGCCGGGUUGGCUGUCGGCGUGAAAGUCUACUACCCGCCCGCACACGCGAAAUUCGUGUUCACGCAGCCGUUGAAGAACCUGAAGGGCUCGGACGCGAGUAACAUUCACGACGAGGAGAUUGCCGAGGACGAGAUGGAGUUCUCGGAUGAUGAGAAGGAGGCGGAGCAUAAGAGGCAGAUCAAGCAGAAGAAGAAGGAGGCGAGGUUCGGCAAGGACGGCGGCGGUGGUGAACGUGGUGGACCGAGUGAGAAGAGGAGCAGGGGAGGGAACCACCGCGAGCCGCAUCCGCUGCGGAACGAAGUCAGCGCCGCCCCUUCUACGGAUGGCGGACUCAACUACGACGACGAGGACGAUGGUCCGUACAAGCCCCUCGCGCGACCGCCUGGGUUCGGCCAGGCCCCGCCUGCGCAGCAGAGCUUCACUACGGAGCCUGAGCCCGGCCGCUUCGGUGGGCGUAGAGGUGGCCGCGGAGACUCUAGGGGACGUGGUGAUAGGGGCAGGGGAGGAGGUCGUGGUCGUGGACGCGGCGGGUAUGGGAACCGCGGGGAUCACAGGGAGGGAUACUCGGCGCCUCAGAGGCACCACUCGAGUGGCGGUGACCAGCAACAUCAAUAUCAACAGCAGCAGCAUCAGCAGCAACAGGGCGGACAAUGGGGCGGCGCCGGUGCGACCGGAUUCCAGGCGCCUCAACAGAACUACAACAACCAGCAGCCGCAGCAGGGUGCGCCCGCGCCGACGGCGCCGACGUUCAACUUCCCCUUCCCCGGAAUGCCCGUGCCGCAGCCGGGACAGCAGGGCUUCCCUGCCGUCCCGCCGCCGCCGCCGGGUUGGCCGGCGCAAGGGGUUCAGCCUGGGCAGGGCGCGCAGCAGGGUGCUUAUAUCAACCCGGCCUUCUUUGCGGCGUUGCUUGGGCAGAUGCAGCAGCAGCAGCAGCAACAAGGCCAGCAGCAACAGCAGGGAGGACAAUAUCAAGGCCAGCAGCCCCCUCAGCCCCCUCAGCCGCCGCACCAAUGGGGUGCUCAGCCGCCUCCGCAGUAG